AUCUCCCAUGAGUCCUUUCCCCGUAUGAUGCACUACAACUCCCACAAUUCUGCGCCAGCCCUGUGAUUUUAUCUAGCUUGCAAGUGACCUAUAUUGAAACAUACACUGCACCGCGAAGUAUUGAGUUUCAGAGGCGCAGCUAUCAUACUUCGGGAUCACUUUACAAACUCCCUUCCUUUCCGGUUGUGUUGCACUGCAAAGGAGAAAGAAAGCAGCCAAAAUGAUGCAAAUGUAUUUCUACUUCUCCGACAAGGUGGUACUUUUGUUUGACUUCUGGAAUGUCCGCACCCCUGCAGGGAUGGUGCUCUCGGUGCUGGUGGUUCUGCUAUUAGCGAUGUUGUACGAAGCCAUCAAGAUCAGCAAAACCAAACUCCUUCGCCAGACGAUACUGGCCAUCCCCACCACCCUCAGUCAGGAGUCACUCAGGGAGCCGGAGACAGGGUCUAUCAACUCAAACGUGGGUCAGCAAAACACCACCUCAAAAAGGUGGUUUCUUUACCACAUCAGCCAGAGCCUGCUCCACGUGGCCCAGGUGGUGAUCGGUUACCUGGUGAUGCUGGUGGUGAUGUCCUACAACACUUGGAUCUUCCUGGGGGUGAUCGUGGGUGCCGCCCUGGGUUACUACCUGGCUUACCCGGUGUUCACCGCCAGAUAGCGGUGGCCUGCUGCACGCCAGGGCGCUGCAGAGCAGAAGAGGGCGACGUCUGCAAUGGGAGGAGGACUAAGGAGGCUCCACUAGAGAAAAUGCUUGUGCAAGGCUUGGCCAGGAGCUGGCGGGAGUUAAUCCCCAGGCAAUGGGGGACUCCCCCCAUCCCCCCACCCUGCGGGGAUUGAGUUCCUUCCUUUUAAACCUAGCGUGGUCUCCACUUCUAUACAGUUAUCCAUUUGCAAGCUCACUUUUGGACCCAUCCUGGCCCAGCAGGGCACGGCCCCGCAAGGCGCUAAACUGGGCCGCGUGGUGCGAACCGGGCUGAUGAGCAGCUCAGCCUUACAGCUGCCACCUCCAAUGACUUUGAACCCACCCUCAGUUCUCCUUCAGGAAGCCCAGGAGCCUUUCCCUGCUGACUGGAGGAGCAAGGGGGCUUGGGCGGUGGGCACUGCCACCCUCGCCUGGGGACUGACAGAGCAGGCGGACGUGUUACAGGCUACGUCCGUCAGCGGGUGCUGGAGGGGUGGGAACGCCAGGGGAUAGAUUGGGGUUAUUUUACCCUCCCUCACGGGUUGUUCAUGUUCCUGGCUGGCCCCCCUAGCGGCUCUGUUCCCCUCGCCCUGCUGCUUGUGGGCAGGAGGAAGCUAACCCUCAAUGGGCUCAUGCUGGUCUCUGACCCUAAGGGGACGCGCCAACAGAGCAAAGCCGUACGGCAGCUCCCUGUCUCAGCACCCUCUGGGUGGACAGGGAUUGACCACCCUCCUGCGGCUGGAGCAUAAGGGAGUCAGGCACUUGGUUUAACCGUCUUGCGUGUGCAAUGGCUCGGUUGCUUUGGAAACCAGGAUGCACCAGGGGCUGGUGUGUCUCCCAGGAUCCUGCUGUACUUCAUGCCAAGAGAAGGGCCAGUUUUAAUAAAGCUAAUUGCUUGACUACUUGUGUGUGUGUGUGUGUGUGUGUGUGCACCUGAUUGUGGUACCAGGGCUGGGAGAAGCAGCUGGCCUCUCAUAAGGCUGAAAGAUAAUGUGUAAAUAGAUGGUGCUGAUCAAACAUUAGGCUCCCCAAUGGCCAUCUGUUCCCCAGUGGCAAGGGACUGCUCCGAAAGCUGCAAGGGAGGCAGUCGAGCAAACAAA